UUUGGGGCUCAAUGUUGGUAUUUUGGAGGUUUUUACAGUCGCAAGAUGCUUGGUGACUUUUAGAUAUGGACUUGGACUGGAGGAACCCCCAACCCAAUGUGCUCACACCUUGUUUUUGCUCCUCAAAACAGGAUUUCUCCUUCCUUGGCCAGAUGGAGGAGGAGGCUCCAAGGAAGAGGAAGAUGCUGCGGGACACUCAGGCAGGCCCCGAGCUGAGGAUGGAGAGCACGGAGGACAAAUUCCCCCAUCAGAACCUGGUGGGAGAGGCCGUUUUGAACAGCUCCAUGGUGCAGGAAGGCAGCGGGGAGGAAAAGUCCCGGACGUUCCCCAGGAGGAGGGACUCCAAAGCCAGCCCAGGGUGCUUCGAGGAGGAAAGAUUCACCCUGUGCUGGGAAGGCAGCCAGAGCUCGAGCCUGGUGGUCCCUGAGCAGUUUCACACUGAGAAGAAGCCUUACAAGUGUUUGGAAUGUGGGAAGAGCUUCAGAUGGAACUCCCACCUCAUCACCCACCAGCGCAUCCACACUGGGGAACGGCCCUACACCUGUGGGGAAUGUGGGAAGAGCUUCAGGCACAGCUCCCACCUCAUCACCCAUCAGAAUUUCCACAGCGGGGAACGGCCCUACACGUGUGGGGAAUGUGGGAGGAGCUUCAUCCGGAACUCUGACCUGAUCUGCCACCAGAAGAUCCACACUGGGGAACGGCCCUACAAGUGCUUGGAAUGUGGGAAGAGCUUCAGCAAGAGCACUGCCCUCCUCACCCACCAGCACCUGCACACAGGGGAACAGCCCUACACCUGUGGAGAGUGUGGGAAGAGCUUCAGCCAGAGCUCCAACCUCAUCACCCACCAGCGUGUCCACACUGGGGAACGGCCCUACACGUGUGGGGAAUGUGGGAAAAGCUUCAGCCAGAGCUCCAGCCUGACCUGCCACCGAAAGAUCCACACUGGGGAACGGCCCUACAAGUGCUUGGAAUGCGGGAAAAGCUUCAGCAAGAGCUCCCACCUGAUUCGCCACCAGCAGAUCCACACGGGGGAACGGCCCUACAGGUGCUUGGAGUGUGGGAAGAGCUUCAACGUCAGCUCCAACCUGAUCCGCCACCAGCAGAUCCACGUCGGGCAACAGUCCUAAAAGCGUGGGGCAUGUGGGACGACCUUCAGUGAC